UGAAACCAUGGAGGACACUGAAGCGGAUAGGCACUUACGGAGAAUCUACCAGGUGGUGGGAGUUUCUUCCGUCAUCACCGACGUUGCCCAGUUGGUAAAACGUCGCCGCGGAAGUCCACCGAAAAUCACCAAGGAACAAGAGUUGCAGCAGCACCUCGAGCGAGCCCGGGAUGCUCGUGCCGACCGCUUGAAUGCUAUCGGGCCGAAACAUCGGUUCGUGUUGGACACCGUUGCACUGGUAUUGAAUCUGGAGCCGGAUAUGCUUGUGGAUUGCACCGCCGAUAAGCACGAGUAUGCGGAUCAGCUGGAGCAACUUUUCGAAGCGGAUGGGUCCAGAGGGGUUUUGAUAUUCUACGGGAUGUAUCCCGUACCAGGAAUGGAAUCAGGUCGAUACAAUCCAAAGCAGAAGCGACAGAAAGCAAUGCAAACGCUUGUGACUGAUGGGAAGAAAGAAAGUAUCACGAACAUUUGCACCGGAGCUUACAGACAUGUUAAUACGAAGUCGAUAGAAAUCAAAAAUUUGGGAGAGGAUAUAUUUAUUCUCGCGAUCAAAGUGCCGGAAGGUUCAUCGCCCGUAUACACUCUAACCGCUCUGAUACAAAAUAUUCUCAAGCCAUCACUUGAGAGCAUGAAAGAUUACGGAUUGUGUACCGACAUUCGCAAAAGUUACUUUUUCCAUGGUGUCGAAACUUUUAUGAAAUUUUUGAAAAGUACCGAGAAAGACAUUUCCUCGCGGAUCCUUUUUGCGGUGGACCAUGACUUGUACAAGGGUUUCCUGCUUACCCCGAUUCAGGUGGAGGAAACAGCUCGUGAUCGGGAAAAGGUGUAUGCCGCAGAGCGUGCCUUUGCUCGUUGGAUGCGACAGGUGCAGUUUGCUCUGACACAGGGAGAUCAGAUACGGCGCGAUCCCUACGACGUGGGACCGCUACAUGAGUUGGAAUACUGGCGCAGCAUGUUGACCAAGUACACAUCGAUUGCGGAAUUCAUUGAGUCGAGAGCAUUUUCGAGCUACUAUCACUGCUUGAAAUUGUCACGAUCGAAAUUGAUGCCCAAGUGGCGCCAGAUGGACCACGAAGUUACGCGAAAACUGAACGAAUCCCGAGACAACGUGCGUUACAUCAGUUCGAUUGAGAAGUUUUGGGAUCCACUGUAUCGGUGCGACCCGGAGGAAGUGGCUGCAAAUGUUUCGAGCUUGCUAGCGAUUGUUCGGCAGGUGUAUAAGACAUCGACUUUCUACAAUACCUCUGAGAGGAUCACCGGUCUGCUCUCCAAGGUCACCAACCAGAUAAUAAUGAACUGUCAGCAGUUUAUCACCAGUCGCCGGACGAUGACUAUUUAUGAACAGAAGAAAGAGGAUGUUAUAGCGAAGAUUGCCGUUUGCAAGGAGCUGGAUAUGGCUUACAGGUUUCACUAUUACAAGACAGUCAACGAUAUGGAAGAAAGCCCGGAGGAGACGCCGUGGGAAUGUUCUGAUAUGUAUAUUUUUGGGAAGAUGGAUACGUUUAAUGUGCGGCUGGAUAAAAUCAAAAAUAUUUUGGAGUUGUUUCUAAAGUAUGAGGUGAUCGAUAGGGUCGGAAUCGCUGGGACGGGUUUAUUCUCCAAACGAAUCAGAACUGCCUUCGAAGUCAUCGCUUCACAAACUUACGAUCCGUUGGUUCACCGGCAGCAUCAGUUUGAUGAGGAUUACGAGGUAUUUGUGAAAGAGGUUGAAGCUGCUGAAAUUGCUUUGCAAAAGUUUGUGAAGGAAAUGUUGUCAGUAAUUCCGACCAUUGAGAGCCGUCUGCUGGUGUUGGAUCGUUUCGAAAAGCUCCAACUGGAUUGUCUAAGUUUAGACCGGCGUUAUUUGGAUGUUGCCGUAAUGCUGGAGAAACAAAUUUUCGACAUAAAGGAUUACUACAAUGAGAAUCGGGGCAAUCCGCCGGUGGUGUGGUGCGUCCCUAACAGUGUGGGGCGAAUUUUGUGGGCCCGAUCACUCUUCCGUAAGAUGGAUGAUCCGAUAAAAAAGCUCAAAACGCGUAGCUGCGUGAUUGAGCAUAAAAAAGCCCAGCUCUGCGUGAAAUACUACAACUAUUUGUGUGAGGUACUACUUCACUACGAAAUGUUGCAUCAUCGCGCCUGGUGGGAUUUUGUUGAGCAGGCCAGACAGAAAUUAGAAUCUCCAAUCUACAGGAAAAAUCUGACCACAAAUUGGUUAGAAGUGAAUUUUCAUCCCUUUCUGAGACAGACCAUAAAGGAAGCGGAAACAGUGUUGAAGUACGGACUGGCGGCUCCUGAUUUCGCUGUUUUGCUAGUUCUAAAGAAAGACAAUCUGUAUGAUGCCUUCGAACUCGUGAAGGAUUUGUUGGCGCGGAAUAAUCAAGCCAGGCUCAGCAUUCCGAAGAUAUUCUUGCCUCUGAUGAGAACUAUGUUGAUCAAGCUGGAGGAGGUGUUCCUGCCAGGAUUGACUAUUGUGACCUGGAUGUCGAUGAAUUUGAAGGAUUAUCUGGUUCAAGUUGAGAAGGUAAUCACAAGGGUUGAACUAUUCGUGAAGGAUGUUAAUGACAUUCGCAAGGCUAGAAUAGAGGAAAUCUUGUAUUCGUUUGCCAAUACCGAUUUGCUAGUGCUUCCGAACGGUGCCGUUACGCCAACGGAGUUCGCUGAUAUGAACAUCAGUUACAGACAAUCAAUUGAGAAAUACCUUGAAAAGAAAUCUCAGGCGAUGGAGAAGGCAACGAUUGAGCUGAUAAACAGAUUCGUCGAGAGCAUUGACGUGCCCGAGUAUGACGAAAAGGGAAACCGUAGAUUCCAAUUGCCCUUGAAUCAGAUAAACGAUGAGAAUCGACGGCGCGAGGAAGCGCUUCCGAUAGAUAAGUACGAUUGGGUUGCUUUUGACAAGAUCUACAAGGCAUUGGCGUACCCAUCGCCGGAAAUGCAUAAGAAAGCCCUGUUCCAAGAUUAUACCGGAUUAAAUUACGACGUCACCUUGCUUCACAUUGACUGUAUGGAACUGUUUGCCUAUUUCAACCACCGGAUUAUUGCAAUUUUCGUGCGGAUGGUUAAAUCUUCGUUGGAAAAACUGAGAGGUCGUUUGAAUUUAUCUAGCUUACAGAUGAACAAAGCUGCCGCACUGCAAGCCAUCAACCCACUGUUGGUGACCGAGAUGCAACUCGAACCGGAGGCAUGCGUUAUGAAUCCUUCGUUGGAGGAGACGCAGCACUACUUCCAGCGUGUCAUCAUGAACGUGGUGGAGACGUUCUACGCGGUGUCCACCUGGGGCCGCCAGGCGAAAACAGAGGAACGUAAAUUGCGCCGUCCGGUGCUCGAGGAGGUUCGGUUUGAACGGUCCUGGUUUAAGGCGAUUUCGGAACACAAGGAAGUAUCGCGAUUCAUCCAUGAUUUCGAUGGUGGGUUGCUGCUGGUGGAGCCUGAUAUCGCUCUGGAGCUACGCACCAUGUACAAUUACUACGAGUAUAUGUGGAAGAAUGAUUUGUUUGCCGUUCCGCUGGAGAAAAAGCCGGACUUGUUCGAGCGAAUUCAGACUGAUUUGGGGCAGGUCGUAUUCGAAGUGCACGUUGGUCCAAUUAUGAUUCGAUCGGGUCGGGUCAUCAAGUCAGUGCUGCUAAAACUGCUCGAGUUUUACAGCAAGCGUGUGGCUGAGAUCACUAAAUUCAUCACAGAGCACGAUGCGACUUUGAAGAGAACACUGAAAGAUUUGGAUGACAUCAAAAUGGCGAUGGAAUGUUUGCAGAAGGUUCAAGAAAACUUUACCUAUCUUGAUGUGGAUCUUGGAUUUAUCGAAGCUACGUACAGAACGUUGGCAGAAUUUGACUUGGGUAUCGGUAAAGAGGAUAUUGAACACGUGUAUGGAUUGCGCGAGAGCUUCAAAGCCAUGGCCAAGAUGGUCGAAACGGUUGAAAAUGACAUCAUCGCACUUCAGGUUCCGUUGCAACGUGAACUUGCCGAAGGUGUAGCUGAGUUCGUCGAGGAAAUGGGCGAAUUCGAUCGUGAGUUUGAAACGAAAGGUCCUACGGAGGCAGGUAUUUCCGCGAAGGAAGCCAGUGAUCGAGUGUUGAUGUUCCAGGCACGGUUCGACGAACUGUGGCGUAAGUUCGAGAUGUACGCGAGUGGGGAAGCCUUUCUUGGGCUUAAGGUUAACGAUUAUCCUAUCCUUCACAAACGUAAAAAGGAGCUGAAUUUGUUGAACAAACUCUACUCUCUGUACUUGCAAGUUAUGAGAAGCAUUGACGAGUACUAUGACACGCCGUGGGCUCAUGUGGAUAUUGAGAAAAUUAAUACUGAGUUGAUAGAUUUCCAGAAUCGUUGUAGAAAACUACCGAAAGCCAUGAAGGACUGGUUGGCAUACAUCGAUCUGAAGAAGAAGAUAGACGACUUCAACGACAGCUGUCCCCUGCUGGAGUUGAUGUGCAACGAUGCCAUGAAAGAGCGCCAUUGGGAGAAGUUGGAGAACUUGUUGGGUUGCAAAUUCGAAGUAGACUCAUCUGCGUUCACACUGGGUGAUGUGAUGGCAGCUCCACUUCUUGCGCAUAAAGACGACAUAGAAGAUAUAUGCAUAGGAGCGGUGAAGGAGAACGAUAUCGAUUCCAAGCUGCGACAGGUUGUAGCGGAAUGGUCCUCAAUAAGCUUGCAAUUCGCCAACUUCAAAACUAGGGGCGAAUUGUUGAUCAAACCAACGGAAACGCUCGAGAUUGUUUCGUUGCUCGAGGAUAGCAUAAUGAUUGUUAACUCGUUGGCUUCGAAUCGUUUCAACGCGCACUUCAAGAAGGAGAUUAUGGUGUGGUUGCAUAAAUUGGUGAACACGGGUGAGAUUCUCGAGAAAUGGCUACAAGUCCAGAAUCUGUGGAUCUAUUUGGAAGCAGUGUUUGUUGGGGGUGACAUUUCGAAGCAGUUGCCGCAGGACGCGAAACGUUUCGCCGGUAUCGAUAAGUCAUGGGUGCGAAUUAUGUUUAGGGCAAGGGAUAACCCCAAUGCUGUAGAGUGUUGCACUGGGGAAGAUACAAUGGCUUACACACUAACGGCUUUGUUGGAACAGCUGGAAUCGUGUCAGAAGUCGCUGACGGGAUAUUUGGAGUCGAAAAGAUUGCUUUUCCCCAGAUUCUUCUUCAUUUCGGAUCCCGUGCUGCUAGAAAUUCUUGGUCAGAGUUCGGACCCUACUUCGAUUCAGGCCCACCUGCUGAGCAUUUUUGAUGCCGUUGCGAGAGUAGAGUUUGAAGAGAAAACGGUCGGAAAAAUCAUUGCGUUACUUUCUGAUAACGGAGAAAAGGUUCGUCUGGGUCAACCGGUUCUUUGCACAGGUGGAGUCGAAGUUUGGUUGCAUCGUUUGCUGGUGGAAAUGCAAGAUACAAUCCGGGAUAUACUGGCCAAUAUGGCACAGAGCUUGGGUAGUGCGGAAUUUGAUUUCAUCAGUGGGUUCCAAACGUACAUUGGACAAGCUGGUUUGGUAGGUGUCCAGCUUUUGUGGACUCGUGAUGCAGAAAUUGCACUGAGAAAAUGUCGUACUGAUAAACAUGUAAUGCGCAAAACAAAUCAACGCUUUUUGGACCUGCUGAACAGUCUCAUUGAGUUGACGGUUAAGGACUUGACCAAGCUGGAGCGCAUUCGCUUUGAGACCAUGGUAACUAUCCAUGUUCACCAGCGGGACAUUUUCGAUGAUCUGGUUCGCUUUAAAAUCCGUACCCAUCUGGAUUUCGAGUGGCAGAAGCAGGCACGGUUCUAUUAUGUUGAAGAAACCGAUGAUGUUAUCGUGAAGAUUACGGACGUUGAUUUCAUCUACCAAAAUGAAUACCUGGGCGUGACUGAGCGAUUGGCGAUUACACCGCUGACAGAUCGAUGCUAUAUUACGCUCGCUCAAGCUAUCGGCAUGUCGAUGGGUGGAGCUCCUGCUGGACCCGCUGGAACUGGUAAGACCGAGACUACAAAGGACAUGGGGCGAGCGCUGGGGAAGCUAGUGGUUGUAUUCAACUGCUCCGAUCAGAUGGAUUUCCGCGGGUUGGGCCGAAUCUACAAAGGGUUGGCGCAGUCAGGAUCGUGGGGCUGUUUUGAUGAGUUCAAUCGCAUCGAGCUUCCCGUGUUGUCGGUAGCGGCUCAACAAAUCUACAUUGUCCUGGCUGCUCGGAAGGAGAAGAAAAAGGAGUUUAUAUUCAGUGAUGGCGAUACCGUUUCACUAAAUCCCGAAUUUGGUUUGUUCAUCACUAUGAAUCCCGGAUACGCUGGUCGACAGGAACUGCCGGAAAAUUUGAAGAUUAUGUUUCGCUCGGUGGCUAUGAUGGUACCGGAUCGUCAAAUCAUUAUGCGUGUCAAGCUUGCCAGCUGUGGGUUCAAAGAUAACGUCACGUUAGCUCGAAAGUUUUUCACCCUGUACAAACUGUGCGAAGAACAGCUGUCCAAACAGGUUCACUACGAUUUUGGUUUACGUAAUAUAUUGUCUGUGCUGCGAACCUUGGGAGCACAGAAGCGGGCCAAUCCAAACGAUACGGAAGAAACUAUCGUGAUGCGAGUUUUGCGUGACAUGAACGUUUCCAAGCUGGUGGAUGAAGAUGAACCUCUGUUUAUUUCGCUGAUUGAAGAUCUCUUCCCGGGAAUUAAAUUGAGUACUUCCUCAUACAAAGAAUUGCAACGGGCCAUUGGAAACAGCGCGGAUGCGCUAGGUCUGAUUAAUCAUGCGGAAUGGAAUCUUAAAGUGAUCCAGUUGUACGAAACAUCACUAGUGCGUCACGGGUUGAUGACCCUUGGUCCUACGGGAGCAGGUAAAACGCGGUGCAUACACACGCUACUGAAGAGCUUCACCGAGAUGGGGCACCCUCAUAAGGAGAUUCGAAUGAACCCGAAGGCUAUCACGGCUCCGCAGAUGUUCGGACGAUUGGAUGUAGCCACGAAUGACUGGACAGAUGGAAUAUUUUCAACGCUUUGGAGACGGACACUCAAGAUUAAGAAAACUGAAUUUGUAUGGUUGGUGUUGGAUGGACCGGUCGAUGCAGUGUGGAUCGAAAAUUUGAACUCGGUGCUGGAUGAUAACAAAACGCUGACUCUGGCAAACGGGGAUCGUAUCACGAUGGCCCCGAAUGCGAAGCUGGUGUUCGAACCUGACAACGUGGACAAUGCUUCGCCCGCAACCGUCAGCAGAAUGGGAAUGGUUUUCAUGAGUGCUUCGGUGUUGAAGUGGGAACCCAUUCUGAACGGAUGGUUGAAAACUAAGCCUAUGGAGAUGGGAGACACACUGCGAAAAUUUUUCCACAAAAUUUACGAUGAUCUGCACACUUUUGUGCAAACCAAACUUGCGGCUAAGAUGAAGAUUCUCGAAGCGAUAUACAUUCGACAGUGUUGCGAUAUCUUGGAAGGUUUGACAAUGCCCAAAGAAGAGGGGGUAGCCAUUGAUAUUCCCGACAAUCAUUUGGAGCGGAUGUUUUUGUUCUCGCUGAUGUGGUCUUUGGGAGCCGUACUGGAACUGGAAGACCGCGAGAAGAUGGGCGAAUAUAUCGCAAAGCAUCCAUCGAAAAUGCGAUGGCCGAAAAUUCAACCAGGCGAAACCAUUUUCGAAUAUGUUGUGUCACCGGAGGGUACUUGGCAGCAUUGGAAUAAUCGGGUUGAAGAAUACAUCUACCCAAGUGACAGCGUUCCGGAGUACGCCAGUAUUCUGGUUCCGAACGUUGAUAACGUUCGAACUGCAUACCUUAUUGAUCUCAUCGCCAAACAGUCAAAGGCAGUACUGCUGAUCGGUGAACAGGGCACAGGAAAAACUGUGAUGAUCAAGGGCUACAUGUCGAAUUACGAUCCGGAAUAUCACCUUGCAAAAAGUUUCAACUUUUCCUCUGCCACCACUCCGAACAUGUUCCAAAGAAUCAUAGAGUCAUAUGUUGAAAAACGGGUUGGCACCACAUACGGACCACCGCAGCAGCGUAAGAUGUCAAUCUUCAUCGAUGACGUUAACAUGCCCGUAGUGAAUGAAUGGGGCGACCAAGUUACGAAUGAAAUCGUUCGACAGCUGAUGGAGAAUACUGGUUUCUACUCCCUCGACAAGCCCGGGGAUUUUCUCACUAUUUUAGACAUCCAACUGUUGGCAGCGAUGAUCCACCCGGGUGGAGGUCGUAACGAUAUCCCUCCCCGUCUGAAGCGACAGUUUAGUGUGUUCAACUGCGCGAUACCAAGCAACAAUUCUAUGGACAAAAUUUUUGGAGUACUCGGUCGGGGGUACUUCUGUGAGUCGCGGUUCAACCCGACGAUUGUGUUUUUCAUUCCAAAGCUGAUACCGUUAACCAGAAGGUUAUGGCAAGCCACGAAGAUCAAGAUGUUGCCAACGCCGGCCAAAUUUCAUUAUGUGUUCAAUCUACGGGAUCUGUCCAGGAUAUGGCAGGGGAUGUUGACUAUCAAAUCUGAAGAGUGCGAAACGGUUAAGACGGUUAUGAACUUGUGGCGCCAUGAGUGUACCCGGGUGAUUGCUGAUCGAUUUACCAGCUUUGACGAUCGUGGAUGGUUCACGAAAAAAAUGCGGGAAAUUUCCGAAGAGAUGCUGGACGCAGACGAUUUGCAAUAUUACGAAGAAGAUGAGACCUAUUUCGUUGACUUUUUGCGCGAUGCGCCUGAUCCAACGGGUGAAGAGGCAGAAGACGUUAGCCUGGAACCGCCCAAGCUGUACGAGGAACUACCCAGCUACGAAGAAACUACGGCUCGGGUGACAAUGUUUAUGGAUCAGUUCAACGAGCAGAUUCGGGGAGCUGCGAUGGAUUUGGUGUUCUUCCGGGAUGCGUUGGUACAUUUGAUGAUUAUUUCGAGAAUUAUACGUACGCCGGGGGGUAAUGCUCUACUGGUAGGUGUAGGAGGUUCCGGCAAGCAGAGCCUGACAAAGCUAGCAUCGUUUAUCGCUGGCUACAAGUACUAUCAGAUCACACUGACCAGGUCGUAUAAUAUUAACAAUCUGAUGGAUGAUUUACGGUAUCUCUAUCGUGUGGCCGGCCUGGAGGGUCAAGGAAUUACCUUCAUAUUUACGGACAACGAUAUCAAGGAUGAAGGAUUUCUGGAGUAUAUUAACAAUGUGCUGAGUUCGGGUGAAAUAGCAAAUCUUUUUCCGAAGGAUGACUUGGAUCAAAUCACGAAUGAAUUGAUUCCGGUGAUGAAAAAACUCGCACCAAAAAGAAUACCCACUCAGGACAAUUUGUACGAUUUCUUCAUUUCUAGAGCAAAGGCCAAUCUGCACAUAGUUCUAUGCUUCUCUCCGGUCGGCGAAAAAUUCCGAAAUCGUUCGCUGAAAUUCCCCGGCUUGAUAUCCGGUUGCACGAUCGAUUGGUUCCAGCGGUGGCCAGAGGACGCCCUGAUAGCGGUUUCGAAUCACUUCCUGAAAGAUUUCAACAUCGUCUGCAAGCCUCAGGUCAAGCAGGCUACGAUUGAGAUCAUGGCCUUCGUGCAGGACAAAGUAGCCCAAAUUUGUGUGGAAUAUUUCGAGCGCUUCCGGCGGCAGGCGCAUGUCACCCCAAAAUCGUUUCUCUCGUUUCUCGAUGGGUACAAGGUGAUCUACACGGAGAAGCAUGAUAACAUUGCUGUGCUUGCUAGCCGUAUGCAAACCGGUCUUGUGAAGCUGAUUGAAGCUGCGGCCUCCGUUGAUGUGCUGAAGGUUGAACUGGUGGAGAAGGAGAAAGACAUAAUUCAGGCAACACAAGCCGCGGAAAUAGUGCUGGCGGCUGUUACCAAAUCCCAGCAGGAUGCCGAGGAAGUGAAGGCUGAAGUGUUGAUCGUGAAAAACAAGGCCGAGGUUUUGGUGGAACAAAUCGCAGCAGAAACGGAAGUUGCCGAGCUGAAGCUGGAAGCGGCAAAACCAGCUCUUGAAGCGGCAGAAGCUGCCCUUAAGACUGUCACGCCUGCGGAUAUCGCGACAGUUCGUAAGCUUGGCAAACCACCAUAUUUGAUUACGCUGAUUAUGGAUGCGGUGUUGAUUUUAUUCAAACGGAAAAUAUCUCCAGUGAAAGCGGAUCCAGAAAGACAGUUCCUGUUCGCUUCAUGGGAUGCAUCACUGAAGGUGAUGGCUGAUACGGGUUUCCUGAACAAAAUCGUACGAUACCAAGCGGAUUUGAUUAACGCGGAAACGAUUGAUCUACUGAUUCCUUACUUUAAAUAUCCUCUCUAUACCUUUGAGGCGGCGAAAGCUGCAUGUGGCAAUGUAGCUGGUUUGUUGCAAUGGACGACCGCAAUGUCAAAGUUCUACGAUGUCAAUAAAGAUGUGCUUCCGCUGAAAGCAAAUCUUGCGCGGCAACAGAAAAAAUUGGACAUAGCAACCGUCCAAAAACAGGAAGCAGAACAACUUCUGAAGGCUAAGGAAGAAGAGCUGGCCUCGGUUCAGAAGGAAUUCGACGAUGCGAUGGCGAAACAGAAGGCAGUCUUAGACGAUGCGAAGAUUUGUCAGGAUAAAAUGGAUGCUGCCACGGCGCUUAUCGACGGUUUGGCAGACGAAAGGGUUAGAUGGACCGAUCAAUUGACGCAGUUCAAGAGCGCGACCGAUAGACUUGUGGGGGAUGUAUUAAUAUUAACUGGAUUCUUAUCGUACACUGGGCCAUUCAAUCAAGAAUAUCGUACGUUACUACAAAAAGUAUGGCAGGACGAACUACAGGACAGAAAGAUACCUGUUUCUGUGAAGAUAAACAUAAUGGAGAAUCUUACGGAUGACGCAACCAUUGGUGAGUGGAAUCUUCAAGGACUGCCGAACGAUGAGUUGUCUAUUCAGAACGGUAUAAUCGUCACGAAAGCCGCCCGUUAUCCGCUUCUGAUUGAUCCGCAAUCGCAAGGAAAAAUUUGGAUCAAAAGUAAGGAGAAGGAAUUUGGUUUGAUCGUUACAUCGCUCGAGCACCGCUUCUUCAGGAACCAUAUUGAGGAUUGUGUAUCACAGGGAUUACCUCUGUUGAUAGAAGAUGUCGGAGAAGAGCUUGAUCCCAUACUGGACAACAUACUCGAGAAGAAUUUCAUCAAAAUCGGAAAUACAUACAAAGUUAAGGUCGGGGACAAGGAAGUCGACGUUCAUGCUGACUUUAGGCUUUACAUAACAACAAAGCUGCCAAACCCACUGUACACUCCCGAAAUAUCGGCGAGAACGUCUAUUAUCGAUUUUACGGUCACAAUCAAGGGACUGGAAGAUCAGCUACUCGGACGAGUUAUUCUGACAGAGAAAAAAGAGCUAGAAUCGGAGAGAACAAAUUUGAUCAAAGAUGUAACGGCUAAUCGGAGGAAAAUGCAAGAAUUAGAGGCUAAUCUACUGCAUAAAUUGUCCACGACGCAGGGCAGUCUGGUCGAUGAUGUUACGGUUAUUGUGGUGCUAAAUACCAGCAAAACGACAUCCAUCGAGGUGCGAGAAAAGCUGAAGAUUGCUCGGGAAACUGAGAUCAAAAUCAACAAAGCUCGCGAGGAGUAUCGUCCAAUUGCGACCAAGGGAAGUGUGUUAUACUUUCUCAUCUGCAGCAUGUCGAUGGUGAAUUGUAUGUACCAGACAUCGUUGGUGCAAUUCCUGGAACGAUUUGAUAUAUCAAUGGCCCGAUCUGACAAACAUCCAAUAACGUCGCGCCGAAUCUCCAAUAUAAACGACUACUUGACCUAUGAUAUUUUUAAGUACAUUUGCAGGGGAUUGUAUGAGGUUCACAAAUAUUUGUUCGUACUACUGAUGGCGCUGAAUAUUGAUUUAGAGAAGAAAUCGGUAACUCAUCAAGAAUUUCAGACCUUCAUCAAGGGCGGAGCAGCACUCGAUAUCAAUGCCUGCCCGGAGAAACCGUUCAAAUGGGUUGUGGAUACUGCUUGGUUGAAUUUGGUUCAACUUUCAAGACUGUAUCAAUUUUGUGAGAUUUUGGAACACAUCCAAUCCAACGAAAAAGGUUGGAAGAGCUGGUUUUCGAAGGAAGCUCCCGAAGAGGAAGUUAUUCCCAAUGGUUAUCAAAGUAUGGACGCCUUCCGGAAGCUUCUACUGAUACGAGCAUGGUGUCCUGAUAGAACACUAUCACAGAGCAGGAAAUAUCUGGCGAUGUCUUUGGGACAACGGUUUGCUGAUCCCGUUGUUAUCAACUAUGACGUCAUGCUAGAAGAAAGCAGACCCUUGACUCCACUGGUUUGCUUCCUAUCGAUGGGUUCUGAUCCGACGCCCAGCAUUGAAGCUUUGGCAAAAAAGAACAUGGUCAAAUGCCGUUCCAUUUCGAUGGGGCAAGGUCAAGAAGUACACGCUAGGAAACUAAUUUCUAGCUCUUUGGAAGAAGGUUCUUGGGUGCUGUUGCAAAAUUGCCAUCUAGGACUGGAGUACGUUACCGAACUGAUGUUGCAGAUCAUGGAGCUGGAAAAAACUGGAACUGGUUAUCAUCCUGACUUUAGAGUUUGGGUUACUACCGAGCCUCAUCCCCAGUUUCCGAUCACGUUCCUUCAGAUGUCGAUUAAAUUUACGAAUGAGCCACCGUCCGGCGUGAAGGCAGGCUUGAAGCGAACCUACGGUUCGAUGACUAUAGAAAUGUUUGAGUACAGUGAAUCGCCAUUCUAUGUUCCGUUGAUUUUCGGGAUUUCCUUCCUGCAUACUGUGGUUCAGGAAAGAAGAAAGUUCGGUCCACUGGGUUGGAAUAUCCCGUAUGAAUUCAACUCGGCCGAUUGGCUGGCUAGUUGUAUGUUUGUGCAAAACCAUCUUGAAGAGCUGGAUCCAAAGCGUGGAAUUAGCUGGAAGACCGUGCGCUACAUGCUCGGCGAGGUCCAGUAUGGAGGACGUGUGACGGAUGAUUACGACAAGCGACUGCUAAACACGUUCGCGAAGGUUUGGUUUUCGGAUGCAAUGUUCUUGGAGGAGUUCAGCUUUUUCGGCGAUUAUCGUAUCAUGAAGUUCAAAUCCAUUGAGGAGUAUAUGGAUGCGAUCGAGCAGAUGCCUCUUGUCGAUCCACCUCAGGUUUACGGGCUACACGCUAAUGCAGAUAUUACAUACCAGAGUAACACCACGAAGGAAAUUUUGGAUACCAUCGUGUCUAUCCAACCUAAAGAAUCCGCCGGCGGUGGUGGCGAGACGCGUGAAGCAACCGUGGCACGACUAGUGAAUGAAAUGUUGGCGAAGGUUCCGGUGCCAUAUGAUCAAUUUGCUGUUAAGGAGCGACUGAAGAUAAUGGGCCAUUUGGGAUCCAUGAACAUUUUCCUGCGCCAAGAAAUCGACAGAAUUCAAAAGAUAAUUCUUCUGGUUCGAGCGACCCUCAAGGAUCUUCUCCUAGCAAUCGAUGGCAUCAUAAUCAUGAACGAACAGCUUCGCGACGCCCUAGAUAACAUCUACGAUGCCCGAGUUCCCCAAGUAUGGAAGCGGGGCAGCUGGGAGUCCGUUUCGCUUGGAUUUUGGUUCACCGAGCUAAUCGAGCGGAACAACCAAUUCUACACGUGGUGCUUCAAGGGGCGCCCCAACAUGUUUUGGAUGACAGGAUUCUUCAAUCCUCAGGGUUUUCUGACGGCGAUGCGACAAGAGGUUGCCCGAGCUCAUAAAGGUUGGGCCUUGGACGUGGUGACGUUGCACAACGACGUGACAAAAAUGCUGACGGAAGAGUGCAAACAACCUCCGGCCGAAGGAGUGUUCAUUUACGGCCUAUAUUUGGAUGGUGCAGGAUGGGAUCGUAAAAAUAACCGAUUGCAAGAAUCUAUCAACAAGGUACUUUAUACGGCGAUGCCAGUGAUACAUAUUUAUGCGAUCAAUUCAACGGCCCCGAAGGAUCCGAAGCUGUAUGAGUGCCCUGUAUACAAGAAAUCUAACAGAACUGAUCUGAAUUACAUCACACCUCUUUGGCUACAAACUAUUAAACCUCCCGAACAUUGGAUAUUACGAGGCGUUGCUCUUUUAUGUGAUAUUAAAUAAUUUGCUCACGAGCCAUGAUGUUAUUAAAUUGCUUAUUAUUUUACACAUUUUUAUAUUCUUUUAUGAGACAUCAAUCGCUUACAUGAUUCUUGUUUGUGAGAAAUUUAGAGAAAAAAACAAUGUCACGAAAAAUACCCUUAAAUAGUGCAUGUAUAUACAAUUGCAUUGUGUUGAAUUGCUAGUUCAGUUUUACUUCCAUACAUUACCGACCUCUCUCCAGCAAGUAUCUCAGAUUAUUCACGACCGAGAACUUGACCCCGACCCCAGGCGUGUCUAAAACCAAAGCCAUUGCCUUGCUGUUGUUGUUGG